UCGAUAGCAUUGCGCCACACGUGUGUUUUGUUUUUUUUUAUGGUCUUUAAAUGGAUUUCGCCAAGAAGUUACUCGGAAAAUGGUGGAAGGAGGGCGAUGGCCUGGGCAAGAACAACACUGGAAUCACAGCUCCACUGAAGGCCAGCUUGAAGUUCGACAACGCGGGAUUGGGAGCUGAUCGCGCCCAGGAAUUCAAUGACCACUGGUGGGAGCGCUGCUUCAACGAGGCUGCCAGCAAUGUGGAUGUCCAGGUUCAGCAGGAUGGCAAGGUGCUGACCUCCCGCAAGGAGGGCGAGGAUGCGGUGGAGAUCUCCACCAGCGGUUACUCCGCCCGAAAACUCAAAAAGGCCAAGGAGCAGCACGCCAGCGAUGGAAGAGCCACCUACGAUAAUUUCCUGCAGACCUCGCUGCUCACCCAAAACGGCGGCGAGGGGACCGCCGGGCGCAUCAAUGUGGAGGAUAUCGAGGUCACCAAGGUGACCGUGCUCACGGACGAGGAACUCUUCAAGGCCUGCGGCGGCAGGACAGCGCACAAGGGAGCCCGACACGGUCUCAUUAGCGGGAAGAUCGCCCGGUUGGAGCAGCAGGAGCGCGAAAUGCUGGAGAAGCUUCAGGGGAAACUAAAGAAUCCGCCCGAGAAAACGAACAGGAAAACGGACUCAGCUGAAGAGUUAGUUGUGGAAACCCGGAAUGAAGCGGAAGAUGCAGUAGAGCUGUCUGAGAACCCCAAAAAGAAGAAAAAAUCCAAGAAAUCCAAGGCGGAGAAGUCGGAAAAAGAGGUGCCAAGCGAGGAAACACAAGAACCUGCCAAAUAAAAAGAAAAAGGAUAAAUCGAAAAGACCAGUAGAGGAAAUCCAAGAAAUACAGAGAACCAAUUGGAGGAGCCAGUAAGAUAAAAAAGAAGAAAGCGGAUAGGCUACAAGAAGUGACAGAGGCAUCCGAAGAAACAACCCAAGAAGGAAACUGAUGAGCCCGUGAAAUCAAAAAAGAAGCGGAAAACCGGGGACUCCACUGAGGAAACCGAUAUCCCAUAAAGAGCAAAAAGAAAAAGAAAAGGAACCAGGUGGAGCUAUAGUAUAGUCUAGUCUAAAAUAAUUAUGUUAGAAAAAUUACAUUAUAUACUUCGUUUAUCAAGAUGCCAUCUUUAACUUACAAUUGGAACCUUGUAUAUACAAUAAAUCAAUUAAUUAUAAGAUCUAAAUAAAACCA